AUGGCAUGGGACUUGGAGCCUGAUGCUAUCGGCCUGGACCGGUUUAAGCCUUGGGACAAGUUCACCAAGUUCAGAGAGCCCUCUGAGGAAACUUCGUCCAUCACACCCGUGACGGCGCCCGUGACGGCUCUAGUGGAUGAGCUGGAUGCCCGCGAGUUCCGCGACCUGCGUGCCAGACGCAAGGGCGAAAGCCGCGUGGAAAGCCGAGGGCCCUUGGAAAAGCCCCGCUUCCAGCGGACGGAGCCCGCGCGCGAGCCUGAGCUUUCGGAGAGGAGCUUGAGGACCUUGGUCCGGGAAGCCUGCGUCUCUUUGCGGCGCCCUAUGAGCGAGGCAGACAAGCUCGUGGCACGCCUGCACAAGGAAUGGUUGGAGACCCCCAAACAGCUCUUGAGCUUGGGCUCCGAGGGAUGGGCACGCCUGGCCCUGCCGGUAGGCUUGGAGUCGGAGCUGCAGAGACGUCUUGGCCUGGCCCUUGAGCGGGCGCGCGAGGACAAAGAUGCCUUGAAGUCGCCCGCCAGGAAGCAGACGAAGGAGCGCACGGAGCGAGUGGAUCUCCAAGAGGCCUUGCGGCGGCAGUGCGGCGACGCCUGGGCAUCCCACCUUCUUUCCGCCUUAGGCCUCCAGCACCGGGACACCGUCGAUGCCAACAGCCUCCAAUCGGCUCUGCGUGUUCUGGGUGUGCCUGUCUUCAGCACCCAAGCUAUAGACUCCGUCAUCCGCAGGGCUGCCAAAGGCGCUGAAGCGCGCGGACCGCCGAAAGCGGAUGCCGUGGUCGCCGCGAUCCAUGGGCCCCUGCGAGGCGGCCGUGCACAGGAGGCUUCAAAUGUCUUCUUCGACCUGGGAGGAGAUAUCCAUGGCACCCUGGCGAUUCAGACGCUGCGCAAGCGAAUGGCUGCCCUCGAGCUGCCAGCGGUCAAGGCAAGCCCCUUCCGCAUCCUUUUGAAUGGGAGUUGCCUUGACACACGGGCUGAGAAGGAUUGA